AUGAGUGAGUAUCAUGAUAUCGAGGGAGACAAUUAUUUCUUCAACGAUUCUUCAUUAGAAGUCUCAAAAGAAAUACCGCGGACACUAUUCUCGCCUGUAAUUCAAAUUUCAGAAGACAGCGAAGAACGAGACAAAGCUGCUGAACUUUCAAACAAAAAUAAUCUUGAAGUGCCAGCUGUUUUAUUGUCACCCUGUGUGCGAACAAGCAAGUCUGAACAAAGUCUGAUAAAAGGAGUUUCGAAAGAUUUUCUCGCUCCGCCACCAUUACCAAAUGUCUCUAGGACUUCAUCAAGGCCUGGAAAGUUGUCGCUCUCUCUUCAUUCAUCACCAUCAACUUCUGAGUUUUCACUUGACAACGACUCGAGCGUCUGCGAAGACUAUACUGCAAAAAGCGAGAGUAUUAAUCAUGCUGAUUCAAACAGCCGAGCGUCUUUUAAAAGUGCUGACGAACUAUCUCUCGCCUGCUCUUGUAACGUUCAAGAUAUUUCAGUGGAAUUAGUGCGAGAUUCAUCAGCUUUGUUGAACAGAUCGGGAGAAUUAUUGACUAAAUUGAACGUAAGUAGUGUUUGUUUACCUGUUGCCCGUUCCACACCGAACUUACAUCGGAACAGAUCAACCUGUUGCAGGAACCCGUCCAAACGACUUUGUUGUUUAAUAGCCACAAAUUACACACCUCUGUCAACGCCAAGUUCAGAAGGUUUAACUUUUGAAUUUUCGAACCAAAUUCUCCAAGAGGAAACCAUCGACAGAGGCAAUCCGGCUGACGAAAUCGUCCCUCUUAUGGUGUGCGACACAUUUAUAAACAGAAACAAAUCGGAGAAUGACUUAAAUCGUCUUUCGACAACCACAUCCAAGAGAUCUUCAAGUAUGGGUAUACACAGCAGCACACCGCCAAAAAACUCUCUACAUCCGACGACCAACUCUACUUGUAAACAAUUAUCGACCCCUGAUUUAAGACUCUACAGUAAUCCCCUUGCAAUUUCAGGGCCUCGAGAGAGGAGAUCAAGUGCAAAGUCUGUUGCUUCAAUGGGGGAUAAUUCGAAAGUUGAACAGUCAAGCGAAAGAUCAGAAAAACUCUCCGGCGCAAAAUUGGAGAAUAAGUCAUCAACGUUUCUUCACCCAAACAUGGCUCAUUUUUCCGAUUCAAACCAGUCUUCAGAGGGCAGUUCAAAAUCUUUAUUGGAGUAUCGUCCUUCGAAAGCCUUAUAUCUUAAAAGGAAAAAAUUUUCAGAUCAGAAACUUACGCAUGCAUCGUGUAGCAUCAACAGCUCUACAUCUUCAGCAUUUGCGGGGUCUUCAGGUAGAGGCGAAACGUCCUUGAUGAAAAGUUUUUUGUCGCUAAUAUCUCCGUCGAAAUUACUCUCCAAGUUCCACAGCUCCUCUAAACAUAGCAUCCGAAGUACGAAUUCGCGCUCUUCUCGUCGUAAACGACCAGAAAUCGAUUUCCCCGACGACGACAAAAUUGUUAUUCUGAAUGUGAGUGGCAGACGUUUCCAAAUUCGAGAUUACUUUCUUUCCAUCUAUCCAAACACUUUACUGGGAGGUAAAGCAAGGAAUAUUUUUUAUGAUAAGCUCAAGAAUGAAUUCUUUUUUGACCGGGACCCAGACAGUUUUCGCUACAUUUGGAAUUUUUAUCACUCAGGACAGCUGCAUUGUCCGCGAGAUGAUUGCGUUCAAUCUUUCUUAGACGAAGUGGCGUUUUUUGGGUUGGACAUCAGUAUGCUUUGUGAGUGCUGUUGGUUCGAGACGUUUGAAGCAGCGUACGAAAGACUGAAUAAAAGACGAGAGGAACAAGAAGCUAGGGAGAAGGAAGCAGCAAAGGCUGUCCAUACCAUUGAUCCAAACGCCUCCUUUAGAGAAAAGGUUUGGCUCACACUUAAAGAACCUUCUAUUUCUUUAUUUGCGAAGAUAUUCUAUCUGGUAAGUGUCAUCGCAAUCGUGAUCAGUGUUGUGGCAAACACAACUGAAACAAUCACGUGUGAAGGAACGAUAAGAGUUUGCAAAGAGGAAAACGAGGACACUUAUUUCUACCUUGAUACAGUCUGUGUAGGUUUCUUCACGUUCGAGUUUGCCUCGCGGUUGUUAACAUGUCCCAACCGUUUGAAAUUUAUCAUCAACCUAAUGAGUAUCGUGGAUCUACUUGCAAUUCUGCCAUAUUACAUCGACUUGAUCUUGAACGCACUGUCGCUUGAUGCCCAGCUUGGCAUGAAUGCUCUAGUGGUGUUACGAGUCUUAAGGAUACUUCGCAUCUUUAAACUUCUACGCCAUUCUAAAAGAUUAAAACAGUUGAUCCAAAGCAUGAAGGAUUCUGCCACUGAGUUAGGUCUCAUAGGAUUCCUAUAUAUGGUCAUGGUUAUUUUAGUUUCGAGUAUCAUCUACUUUGCCGAAUUUUCAGAGGACACACAGUUUACUAGCAUUCCUGAAGCCAUGUGGUACGCAGUUAUCACGUCAACAACUGCAGGCUAUGGUGAUAUCAUACCAGAGACACUGGCUGGUCGGCUGGUGGGCAGCGCCUGUUGUUUGUUUGGUGUGCUUGUCAUCGCUUUACCUGUUCCCAUUUUGCAGAUAAAGUGAAAUGUUAGUGAAUGGCACCAUGAAGACAUUUGUUGGCAAAGCGAUGGAUAAGAGCAAGUGAUAAUCCGACCGAAGCUGGAAGCGAUGGACGAUCCAUACCACAGUCCAAGAUUCUUUCAUGACCUCAAUCAAGCGAUAUUAGUAAAUUUCUCUAAACGCGUACAUUUGCGUUUCGUGUAGCAAGUUUAGAUAUUCAUGUUUCCAGUUAUCUCAUAGAGGCUUUCGUGCCACACCUUGGCCUUAUAAAGUAGCAUCUUGACAUGGGUCUGUCUUAAUGCAUGAAUAAGAGAUGAUGAAUAUCAGUUUCAUGAUCUCUUUAAAGUUUGGAGUGACAAAUAAUAAUAACGAUAAUAAUUUACCAUGACGCCAUUGUC